AGAAACCUGUUUUGAACAAAUGCCACUGGAUCAAAAUUCAUGGCAAAAUGCUAAAAUAGAUCGUGGAAAAAACGGUAUCUCUCGUCACAUUUCAACUAUCACCCGUAAUGGUACGGCUUAUCAGGAAGGUCAAGGUAUAGCGAUUGUUGAUGAGCCAACAACUCCACAACGUCUUGCGAAUUUCUUUUCGAGGCCAUUUCGAAGUAAUGCAUUGAACCGUACGAAGAGUGCGACAAAAUUGGAAAGAAAACGUACAACGAAUCGAAAUGACUUCAAUACAUAUAAUAAUUUGCAACAAUGUGAUGAAAAUGUAUGCAAUGAUAAUGAACGAUUGUUCAAUGUUCAAUCAUAUCGUCAUUCAACAUUUCGACCGUAUCCGAUAUCACGAGAUGAUGAAAAUUCAUUUCGACCAUGUCGUUCACAUGAAAGUUUAUUAACUUACUCAUCUACAACACCGAUGAUUGAUUUAGGU